UUAAAAAUAUUUAUUAAUAAUUGUUUUUAAAUGCCACUUAUUUGAGACAGCAGAAACCAAAGCAUUUUCUUUAGAAUUCUCACUUAGCUUGUAUUUCACAAAAGUGCUUUAGAACUCAGAUUUCUACCACCUGUAUGGAGUGUAAAGACAAAAGGAAGCCCAACAAAACCAAAGGCCCAAUGGUGUCUAUUCCCAGGGCCAAGGUAUAACCCCAGGCUAACCCACCUGCCCUGGGCUGAGUAGCUGCACACACCUGUGAGUGCUCAAAGUCACACGCAUGAUUGAGGGGGUCAGGCACCAAGGUGCCUUUAUUUAUUCAUUUCUCAAACUCAAUUCCCUUCAAAUCCUGACUCUAUUUAAUAGGCCAAAGGAUGUUACUCAUAUUUAUUUGGUGCCAAAUUAUUAUUUUUUAAAAUCCUUACAUCUGCACCUUGAAAGCAAACUGCAAUAUCCAGCACAACAUUGUCAGAGCUGCUGUAUGGCUAUUUAGCUUUAUUACUGCCUGGCUAAUGCUUAAUACGCUUCAUCCUUUACAGCUGGAAGAAGGAUGGUCACUGUAUUUAACCAGCCAUAGUGCAUUUAGAGGUCAACAGCUUUUAUGGACUAUUUGUCCAAGAACUUUCAGUAAACUACAAAGUUGAGGCCUUUAUUUUGGUCAGUAUGUAUAAAUAUUCAUAUGCAAUUAUCCAGAAAGAAGAAAAACUGGUUAACAAGAAACCUACUGUCAUGUCAGAUGCUGGAAAUCAAUCUUUAGCUACAUAAUAUUUACAGAAAGGGUUUUAAGAUGCAUAAUCCACUUUUUCAGUCUGUCUCUUGUAUUUCAUUAGUCAAUUGGAAGUGGCACAUGAGUUUCAUCUGGAAAAAAUAUUUUCACCUUUUCUAAUUCUUUUGACGAAUAAGUUUUUGUCUGUUAAGGGAUGAGAAUGCUAUUUGGCUAUUACCUACUUUUAGAAUUCAAACUAACCCUUCAAAUGUCUUUAUUUAGAUCAUAUGCUCUCAAACUAUCUCAUUGUUUUACUGACACAAUGGUAAAACUGGGUUCCCAAAAUGUCAAAACCCUAAUGGAGUCUCUAUUUCCAAGAGUAAAAUAAAAGACAGCUAACACUGUGAGGUGAAAACUAUCCUGAGCCUUUUUUCCCCUCUCUUUAACAUUUAGAAACUAGGGGGGAAAAAGUGGGAUUGCAUUAAUAGACUUCCAAAACAAAAUGUUAUGGAAGUGUUUAUUUUUUAAAAGGAGAGUUUUAAGAGAACAGGAUGCUUGAAUAUGACCAACUCCCACUCAAGGGGAAAAAUAACCACAGACCUUUGCUGAGAUGGCACCAGUAAUUCAAAGAAACCAAGCUAACCAGAAUUUGAUCCACACACAAAAUGAAAACUUGUUAACAGGAUGGAACAACUAUAACAAGAUUCAAGUCCCUUCAUCUUUUGGCAAUGAAAUAAGUGAAAUUAUAACAUAAGGACAUUUUGGAAGGGUUGAAGAUCACAGUCAGAAUCGAACAGAAAACUUUCAAACCUAGAAAGCAAAACGGGAACUUUCAUAGCUCCUUGAUCUACCAUAUCUAAAUAGAAAUAGUAUAAUGCCUAUCCAAUAGGUGCUUAGUUUCAAAACUAAUACAAGCAAUUUAUCAUGAAAAGCCUAUACCUAAUAAGCUGUUUUUCUUCUCUGUUCUGCCCCUUUGUCAUAUGCUUGAGCUUAAUGAAGACUGUCCUCUGCAGCUGCUCCUAAGGGCAGAGAAGCAAGCAAUGGAGUAACAAAGGAAGCCUGAGGAGCCCCUGGCCCCUGAGGACCUUCUCUCUGGCCGGUCACAGCCACUUAUGUUUCAAUGCAGGCGAUUUCAAGAUUGGUUUAAGAAAAAGAAUCCUAUCUUGGGGAUUAGGUUCCCUGUCAAAGGCCAUCAGAUGGACAGCUAUUUACCAGGCAAUUAGCCUAAAGCUCUUAGGUAAUGAUAAAAAAAAAAAAAAAAAAAAAAAACAGAAAACAAAACAAAACAAAACAAAAACCUUGUAUUUUCCUAUUGGAACCUUUUAUUCUAUUUUGUUGAUGCUUAAGGAAAAAAGCUUUGCCCAUAACUCACUGUGGCCUGGAGUUAUGACACCAACUUAUAUUUGGCCAAUUAAGAAAGAGAUUCUCCUGUCUCAGCCUCCCGAGUAGCUAGGACUACAGGCGCCCACCACCACGCCUGGCUAAUUUUUUGUAUUUUUAGUAGAGAUGGGGUUUCAUUGUGAGUUUCACUCUUUUUGGCAACAAUAAUACGGCGCCCAACGUGGGCCUCAGAGAAGACUCGGAACCCCAAAGGAGUUGCCCAAAACCGGAGAGAGAAGCGGAGAUCCUGAUGUUUCUCAGUGCCAUUGUGAUGAUGAAGAACCGCAGAUCCAUCACUGUGGAGCAACACAUAGGCAACAUUUUCAUGUUUAGUAAAGUGGCCAACGCAAUUCUUUUCUUCCGCUUGGAUAUUCGCAUGGGCCUACUUUACAUCACACUCUGCAUAGUGUUCCUGAUGACGUGCAAACCCCCGCCCCCCCCCCCCCCAUAUAUGGGCCCUGAGUAUAUCAAGUACUUCAAUGAUAAAACCAUUGAUGAGGAACUAGAACGGGACAACAGGGUCACUUGGAUUGUGGAGUUCUUUGCCAAUUGAUCUAAUGACUGCCAAUCAUUUGCCCCUAUCUAUGCUGACCUCUCCCUUAAGUACAACUGUACAGGGCUAAAUUUUGGGACGGUGGAUGCUGGACGCUAUACUGAUGUUAGUACGCGGUACAAAGUGAGCACAUCACCCCUCACCAAUCAACUCCCUACCCUGAUCCUGUUCCAAGGUGGCAAGAAGGUAAUGCGGCAGCCACAGACUGACAAGAAAGGACGGGCUGUCUCAUGGACCUUCUCUGAGGAGAAUGUGAUCCGAGAAUUUAACUUAAAUGAGCUAUACCAGCGGGCCAAGAAGCUAUCAAAGGCUGGAGACGAUAUCCCUGAGGAGCAGCCUGUGGCUUCAACCCCCACCACAGUGUCAGAUGGGGAAAGCAAGAAGGAUAAAUAAAAUCCUCACUUUGGCAGUGCUUCCUCUCCUGUCAAUUCCAGGCUCUUUCCAUAACCACAAGCCUGAGACUACAGCCUUUUAUUUAUGUUUUCCCUUUGGCUGUGACUGGG